UAUGCGACAUAAUCUCACUUUAAUUGAAGUUGGAUGGCUUUGUCCUGCAUUAUUUUCAUUAUUAAGAGUUUCCCCCCAAAUUAAUGCUGAUCAAAAUUCCAAAACUUUAUUAAAACUUAUAAAUGGGUCGGAUUGUAAAUGGCCUAAUGGUCGAAAUGAGUUAAUGAAUGCAUUAAUAGAGAAGGCUACAAUUAGUGGAAAUUUGAAUAAAGACUACGCAGGAGAGCAUUUUUUGCGGAGUAAAAAGUUGGAUAAAAUUGAAUACCAUCCAGACUUGAAGAUUUCAAAGGAAGGAAAUAAUUUUGAAGAGGACGAAGAUAAUCCUCAUUUGAUUUGGGCAAUGACUGUUAUUUAUUCAGUGAUAGCCUUAAUAGGGAUUAUUGGAAAUAUAUUAGUGAUUGUUGUAGUGAAGAAAGUGCCAAGCAUGAUUACACCAACCAAUUGCUAUUUGGUAUCCCUAGCUCUAUCAGAUUGUCUUUUUCUUUGUGCGGCCUGGCCAGUAGAAUUUAGCUAUCUACAUGCGGAUCAGAAUGAUUAUGCUUUCGGGGCAAUUGGGUGCAAGAUACUUACAUUUCUUCCAUAUUUGGGAAUUAAUGCUAGUUCAAUGUCAAUUAUGGCUUUUACAAUUGAACGAUUUAUUGGAAUAUGCUACCCCUUAAGGGCUAGAUAUAUUUGUACUGUCAAAAGAGCCAAAUUAAUUAUUCUUUUUAUUUGGUGCUUUUGUAUUCUUUAUAAUAGCCCUUGGCUUUACUUGGCUACUCUCAAACAGAUUGAAGGUGUUGUGGUAUUUGUUGCCGAUUUUUCUACUUUUUACAUUCUGCCAAUGUUUUUAUAUAUUUAUUUAUAUGGCAAGAUAGCCUAUACACUUACAAAGUGUGAAUGGGUUAUCGGAACGGGUAGUGCUACUAGAAAUGUGAAUAAUAAUAAAAAUGAUGGGAAUCAUAAUAAAAAUUUUUCAAAAUCCGUCGCUAAGAGUAGUAUCAAUUCUCAAUCAAGUGUUAAAGGUCCAAGUAGAUCCCCUAUUAAAUCUAAUGAACCAGAAUCUCAAACAAAUAAUAUUGGGUCUUCAAGCUCUAGACGUGCUUCUACUAGUGUGAAUAGUAAAUUACAGGUAAUUAAAAUGCUUGCCUUAGUAGCCUUUAUUUUUGCCGUUUGUUGGUUACCUUAUAGGGCGAUGGUUAUGUACAAUUCUUUUGCUUCUGCAAUUAACUGGGAACCUUGGGAUUAUGAUUGGCUAAUCUUUAUGUCCAAAACAAUGAUUUUCUUCAAUUGUGCUAUCAAUCCAGUUCUUUACAAUUUAAUGUCCAGUCGCUUCCGAAAGGCUUUUAGACAGCUACUAAGAGGGCAGAAGAGGCAUAUUAAUGUUUAUAAACGCGGAUCGUCUUAUCUUCACGAUCAGAAUAAAAAGAUUAAUGGAGAUGAGGCGACCGAGAUGACAGCAGAUAUCAAGAGAUUUAGCACAAUAGUAACUUCGGGGAGGGAAGAGGAAUGUUUAAAUGGGGCAUUAAAUAAUUAA